UGCAAAAAGAUCUUGUCGUCACCGAGCGCGAGCGCGACACGGCACAACACAUCGCCGUACGAUCUUAUCACAAGCUACGCGGCCACGCACCAAAACAUCUUUGCUUGCGCUCGCGCGCGGCCGCCGCGGAAUACGCAUCAGCGUCACGAUCGAGAUCUCGAUCUCUCUAUCGAUGGGUCGGACGACGGGUGACCACCACGCCGUCGACGGCCGGCUGGAGGCGCUGCUCUCCGGCGGCGCCGGCGACGGCGAGCGCGGCGGUUCCGAGCCAUGGCUCCGGCGCAUGGCGGCGGCGGCGGCGCUGGAGCUGCGGCUGCUGGCGCCCCUCGCCGCGCCGGCCGUGGUGGUCUACAUGCUCAUCAUCGUCAUGUCGUCCACCACGCAGAUCGUCUGCGGCCAGCUCGGCAACGUCCAGCUCGCCGCCGCCUCCCUCGGCAACAACGGCAUCCAGGUCUUCGCCUACGGCCUCAUGCUGGGGAUGGGGAGCGCGGUGGAGACGCUGUGCGGGCAGGCGUACGGCGCCGAGAAGUACGAAAUGCUGGGCGUGUACCUGCAGCGCUCGACGGUGCUGCUCAUGGCCACCGGCGUGCCGCUCGCCGUCAUGUACGCCUUCUCGGAGCCCAUCCUCCUGCUGCUCGGCCAGUCGCCGGAGAUCGCCGGCGCCGCCGCGGAGUUCGCCUACGGCCUCAUCCCGCAGAUCUUCGCCUACGCCGCCAACUUCCCCAUUCAGAAGUUUUUGCAGGCGCAGAGCAUCGUGGCGCCCAGCGCCUACAUCCUCGCCGCCAGCUUCGUGCUCCACGUGGCGCUGAGCUGGCUCGCCGUCUACGUGCUGGGCCUCGGCCUGCUCGGGGCCUCGCUCACGCUCAGCCUCACGUGGUGGGUUCUUGUUCUGGGCCAGUUCGCGUACAUUGUGUGGAGCCCGCGGUGCAGGGAUACGUGGGCUGGAUUUACCUGGGCCGCCUUCGCUGACCUGCCUGGUUUCGCCGGUUUAUCCAUCGCGUCGGCGGUGAUGCUGGCGCUCGAGGUGUGGUAUUUCCAGGUGCUCAUCCUUCUCGCCGGCAUGCUGCCGGACCCGCAGGUCGCGCUGGACUCGCUCACUGUCUGUACUUCGAUCCAGUCAUGGGUGUUCAUGAUCUCUGUGGGCUUCAAUGCAGCUGCCAGUGUGAGAGUAGGAAAUGAACUGGGCGCCGGCAACCCCAGGUCUGCCGCGUUCUCUGCGUGGAUGGUCACGGCCCUGUCGGCGUUCGUAUCAGCAAUUGCCGGUCUCGUCACUUUCCUGCUCAGGGACAAGCUCAGCUACAUCUUCACCACCGGCGAGGUCGUUUCGCGCGCCGUAGCCGACCUGUGCCCCUUGCUCGUUGGGACCAUUCUGCUCUGCGGGAUCCAGCCCGUGUUGUCAGGUGUGGCCGUUGGCUGUGGGUGGCAAGCAAUGGUAGCCUACAUCAACAUUGGAUGCUACUACUUCAUCGGCCUUCCACUCGGUGUGCUUCUUGGAUUCAAGUUUGACUUUGGAAUCAAGGGAUUGUGGGGAGGCAUGAUAGGGGGCACCCUGAUCCAAACACUUAUACUGAUCUGGAUCACGUUGAGAACUGACUGGAACAAGGAGGUCGAGGAAGCGCGGAAAAGAUUAGAUAAGUGGGACGACACAAGGCAGCCUCUUCUCGCAGACAAGGAGUGAUGAUGUCAGGAGUGGAUGACGAACCAAUAUGCAGCUCAAGUUGAUCCAGUCUGCAGUAUAUUUUCAGUUGCCAUCCCUUCUGCCGCUGCUAACUGCAAUGAUAGACCACUCAGUUCAGAGAUGUACUGAUGCGUAGUUUUUUUUUCCCGGGAACAUGUCGUGAUCACUAGUUCACUCGGUUCUCCUAUGAGAUCGUGCUAAAUUUCAGAAUUCACAAGCAAUUCUUCUCGUCUAAUAUCAUGCUAAAUAGUAUAAAAUGAAUUAUGAGAGAGGUUAUUUUCA